AGCAUUAGAACGCCGACACGUAAAACAAAACAGAUGCCACCACAGCGCGACACAACGAGGGGCUGUCGAUAUUAAAACAAGCUCCCACCCCGACCUGAGAAAAGUCCGAAACGAAGGAAAGAAAAGUACCAAUACUUACCUAGACGGCCCUAGUUAGUUAGACAGAUACUUAGCUUCAGGAUAGGUCCAGUUAUUUCGUCGUGAUCGCUAAACUUGCCUAGUAAAGCAACGUUCCUCAGUCACAAAGGGAUCUCUCUGUUGGUGGCAGACAUUGCUAUGGCCCAGGAGACCAAUCAGAGCCCAGUUCCUAUGCUCUGUGCCACUGGCUGUGGUUUCUAUGGUAACCCUAGGACUAAUGGCAUGUGCUCUGUUUGCCACAAGGAACACCUGUCGAGACAGAACAAUGGAGGAGUUAGUUCUUUGAGCCCAAUUGGCAGUAGCUCCACAGCUGAGGAGUCUGCAAUCCAGAGUUUAGAGGAUACAUUGAAUAAUGCUGCAGCUGCCGCAGUUGCUGCUGCGGAGGUGGCGGCUGAGGCGGCGGCGGCGGCGGCGGCAGCUGCCUCCGAUGCUUCAGCCACAGAUGCCCUCAGCGGGAGUUCAGCUGCCACCUCAGUAACACAACAGAUGACUGAAAUGAGGCUGUCGUCUCAGGAGAAAUUCGCAUCAGUGACCAAAGUAGAAGACACAGAAGCAGUUGUCAGUCAGCCCCCAAGUUCACUUUCGCAUCCGUCCACCGCUGGCAGUGAAGAAGUCAAACCCCCGGAGCCACCCAAACCGAAAAAGAACCGUUGCUUCAUGUGUCGCAAAAAAAUCGGCCUUACAGGUUUCGGCUGCCGCUGUGGGAAUCUGUUCUGUGGGAUCCACCGUUACUCCGACAAACACGACUGUCCAUACGACUAUAAAGCAGACGCUGUUGCCAAGAUCCGUAAAGAGAACCCCAUGGUGGUGGCUGAGAAGAUCCAGAGAAUAUGAAGAGAUGACUCUGUUUGACUCUAAACAUGGAGAGCAAUCAGAUUUCAGCACAUGGACCUGAGCCCACCUUAUUUUUUCUUUUCCUCUCCUUUGUUACAGGAUUUCUCCUUCCAGUUCCGACCCUGUUUGCGUAUUCUGCCAAUGUGUUUAUUUCUUUUGGUGAUUUCACCGCAGCAUUCAGAGCCUUGUUUUAAACAAAGACUAUAUAGGGGACAGAUGAAGGUGUUGUUUCCCUUUAAAACAUCCUGCUGAUGGGUUCCCCCUCUGGGUUUCGGUGAACUGUUUGUGCUUGCUCUCUGCUGGCUUGAGUAGCAAAAUGGAUUUCUUUCUUCUUUUUUUUUUGUCAGUUUUUGACCUCCUUAAGAGGUCAGCGUUUAACCCUCUGGAUUUCUGGAUCUCUGCUGCCAGUACGUUGCUCUAACUUAAACCCACAGCUCUGAUUCCUUUUUAGAGACAUUUUUGCCAACCUUUACUCAUAACGCCCUGUCAUGUUGUGCCUCUCUGCAAACAUUGGCAUCAGAUUGAGUCCUCCAACUGUCCACAUCACAUGAAGACUGUCCCUUUAGGUUUAGCUUUCCCAAACACUAGUGUGUGUGUGUGUGUGUGUGUGGAUCGUAGCGUUUCGGAAGGGUUCAUCUUUCACCAGUUUGUUUCCUUUGAGAAGUCACUGUAGGGGGACAACGUUUUAUGUUUUGGAUGGACUAGUAGUGACCAGCUGGUUGGUGAAUAUUGUUUUUGGAGGCAAACAGAUCGUGUGAUUAGUGAGGCCGGUGGUUAAGUUUAAAGAUUUUCACAGUUAAUGUUUUCCUUUUUGGGUCUUGCUGCUUUUUUAACCCCUUUUUAGUUGUAAAAGUUUGUACAAACCUUCGUAUUUAUAAUCUGCAGUGUAUGUGUGUUUAAUCUUCCAAUAUUGUAUGAUGUAAAUAAAUUAUGUUCACAAAUACA